GAAUGCCACCUGUUUAGUUGUGAUGCUUACAGCUGAGUCACUCAUCUCUGGAUAUAUAAGACCUCGUCUACGGAUCACCGCACAGUACCUCAGCUGUUGACACAAUGAAUAAGAUCCUAUGCUUCGGACUCGUGCUUUGCGCUACAUUAGCGCUAACAUCGGCCUAUCCUGCCGAACAGGCCCCUGAGGCCCCUAAAACCCCCGCGCUAGGUCAGGAGGCCGCUCCUGCGGUCGAAGCGGCAGAAGAGCUGCAUCCCGAAGAGUCUCGUUGGGGGCACGGCGGCGGCGGCUGGGGGCAUGGAGGUGGAUGGGGCCACGGAGGCGGAUGGGGCCACGGCGGGGGCUACGGACGGGGGCACGGAGGAUGGGGGCACGGCGGCCACGGGGGCUACGGGCAUGGAGGAUGGGGGCACGGUGGAUGGGGCCAAAACACACAAAUACUCUGCUUCGCUCUCGCGAUCUGCGCCAGCAUGGCGCUUACAUCGGCUUACCCCGCCGCGGAACCAGCUCAGGACAUUGCCUUCAUAGGCCUUCAAGAAACAGCUCCUGUCCAAGCUGCUGCGGAUGAGGAAACCCUGCAGCCCGAAGAAUCACACUAUGGGCACGGAGGCUAUGGGCACGGCGGCUAUGGGCACGGCGGCUAUGGGCACGGCAGCUGGGGUCGCGGAUGGGGGCACGGGGGCUAUGGGCACGGCGGCUAUGGGCACGGCGGCUAUGGGGGCGGUUACGGCUACGGCGGAGGGUGGGGAGGCGGUUGGUACGGCCGCUAAUAUGGCCGGACUAAAAGCUCUUAACAGUUCGUGAAAUACUCGAUAAGCUUUUAGUCACGUAGAUAUAAAGUUGUGCGUGUAGAAUGUGAAUGUAGUGAAAAAAAAUUAGUCAUGUUUAAGAAAAUUGUGAUGUAAAAAUUAAUAAAAAAUAUGUAAGAUGACUGUGUUAAUUUAUCAACAUUUUAUUCUCUUGGUAACAAGAACAUGUAUUGUUAUUUUACCUUUUACCAUUGGAUUUACUUACCUAUACGAUAUUAUGUAGAUUAUUUACACCACUCAGGUAUCAUAACAUAAUACAUGGACCCUAACAUAC